AAGAUAGAUAGAAUGGCUGAUACAGAUAAUACUCAAUCAUCAUCAACUGAUGAUAAUCAAUCAAUACAACAAGAACAAAAAGAAGAGGAGACGACCACUACACCAGUUGUUGUAUUCAAGAAACAGACAAAGAAUAGAGGAAACAUAAGAAAGAGAGACACAGAGACAACUAUAACGGAUGAAAACAAUACAGAUGGAGGAGGAGAUGGUGAUACUUCAAAUAAGAAACAAAGACAUACUGCUGCCAAAGUCAAUCAAUAUACAACAAUAACGGACAAGAAGAAUGAUUUCUCAUUCGCUUCAACAGGCUCCGCCAAGCCAUCUUACAGUGAGGCCGACUCUUCAUCAACACUAAUCGAGAGGGAGGACAACAAUGAGAAGAAGGACGAAGAUGGACCAACAAACGAUGAUGGACUAUACCGCGGCAUGAAGUCGUACAACACAUUCUUUGAGAAGAAGUCCGACCUGACGUACAAGGGCGCCGGAGUCAAGGCCGGUCCCAUCAAGGUCACCACAUCAAACUAUCGAUCGUCAGUGCGCUUCGACUUCCAGCCCGACGUGUGCAAGGAUUACAAGGAGACGGGACAAUGCUCAUUUGGCGACACGUGCAAGUUCUUGCACGACCGUGGCGACUACAAGGCUGGCUGGCAGGUGGAGAAGGAGUACGAGGAGCAACAGCUGCGGAAGCGCAAGGAGAAACAGAAUCAAAAGGAGGAAGAGUUCAAGAAGGCCACUGGCGAUGACGAAGAGCUUCCAUUCGCCUGCUUCAUCUGUCGCCAAGAGUAUGACAAUCCCGUCAUGACCAAAUGCAAACACUUCUUCUGCGAGAAGUGUGCGCUGGAUCACAAUCGCAAGAGCAAGAAAUGCUUCGUGUGCAAGGAGGCUACACUCGGCACAUUCAGUCAGCCCAAGAAGAUCAUUGACAAGCUGAUGGAGAGAUCGCGACAACAUUUUAUU